GCGGCCCAGUCGUUGUUGAAUAAGAUGAUCCACACCAGCCUUGUGAACACUACCAAUCAAGUAGAGGUUCUUCAGAGGGAUCCAAACUCUCCUCUUUACUCGGUCAAGACAUUUGAAGAGCUGAGACUACCUCAGAACCUGAUUGCCCAAUCACAGUCCGGCACAGGUAAAACAGCUGCCUUUGCGCUGGCCAUGCUCAGCCAUGUUGACCCAGCUAACAAAUGGACUCAGUGUCUUUGCAUUGCCCCAACGUACGAGCUAGCCUUGCAGACUGGUAAAGUCAUUGAACAGAUGGGGAAAUUCUAUCCUGAGGUCAAAUUGGCAUAUGCCAUUCGUGGCAAUAAAUUGGACCGAGGGACGAAGAUUCAGGAGCAAAUUGUCAUCGGGACACCUGGCACGGUCCUAGACUGGUGCUCCAAACUGAAGAUCAUCGACCCCAAGAAGAUCAGCGUCUUCGUCCUGGACGAGGCUGACGUCAUGAUUGCCACACAAGGUCACCAGGACCAGAGCAUCCGGAUCCAAAGAAUGUUGCCAAAUGAAUGUCAGAUGCUGCUGUUUUCGGCCACGUUUGAGGACUCAGUCUGGAAGUUUGCCGAGAGGGUUGUGCCAGACCCCAACAUCAUCAAGCUGAAACGUGAAGAGGAGACUCUGGACACCAUCAAGCAGUAUUACGUGCUCUGCAAUGAUAAGGACGAGAAGUUCACAGCCCUCUGUAAUAUCUACGGAGCCAUCACCAUCGCCCAGGCUAUGAUCUUCUGUCAUACCCGAAGGACAGCUGGCUGGCUGUCUGCUGAGCUGACCAAAGAGGGCCAUGUGGUGGCACUGCUGAGUGGGGAGAUGACUGUUGAGCAGAGAGCGGCCAUCAUUGAACGCUUCAGGGAGGGCAAAGAGAAAGUCCUAGUGACCACCAACGUAUGCUCCAGAGGCAUUGAUGUUGAGCAAGUUUCCGUGGUGAUCAACUUUGACCUGCCCAUGGACAAAGACGGAAACGCUGACAACGAGACAUACCUUCACCGGAUUGGCCGAACAGGACGUUUCGGCAAGAGGGGGCUUGCCGUCAAUAUGAUUGACAGCAAACAAAGCAUGAACAUUCUCAACCAAAUCGAGGAGCAUUUCAAUAAGAAGAUAAACAAACUUGACACUGACGAUCUGGAUGAAAUCGAGAAAAUCAGCAACUGA